AUGACAGCAGAUAAUGAAUUCCAUUUUAGUCUGCUCCGAGUUUCCAUAAUUCAACUUCUAAAAGCUGAAGGUUUUGACACGGCCACAAAAACAACAGUUAAUACAUUAACUGAUCUCUAUAUUCGUUACUUAAACAAGUUGUCAUCGGAGAUAACGUCUGUGGCUCAAUCACGAGGGGCUGCGAGUAUUGCCAUACAAGAUAUUUCACAAGGGUUCCAGAAUUUAAGAUUGUUUAACCCGAUUAAUUUGCUAGAUGUAUUUGAUGAAAAUCCAGCCAAUUGGGAAAUGGAUUAUGGAUUUGAAAAAUGGAAAGAUAUCGUGAGUUCAGAUCCCCAUUUACGCAAUGAUAGGCUGGUUGCCUUACCUGGUCCUGAAAUAUUUCAAGAUGAUUCCCUUUUGAAGGCUACUACUACAUCUGCUGUACCAGGUUAUAUAAAUCAAUAUAAGGAUAAUUCUGCCAUGACAAAUAAGGAUGACCAAAUCAUUAAAUUGAAGGAUAAGGCAACUCAGGAAGAAGAAGAAGAAAUUGAAGAGUUAAUAAAUAAUGGUGUCCUAGAUAAUUGGAUCGAUGCUAUUAUAGCAAAACAGAGGUUAGAAUUAAAAUCAGGCUUAAUCCAAAUGGCCGCCACUAAAGAAGAAAGAAUAGGUAUACCACUUCCGGAUGUUGUCGGCAUGAACGAAUCCGUACUGGGACCUAGCAUUAAUAUUGAAGAGCCAAAUACUGAUUUGAUACCGACACUAGACCAAGAAGACAAUGACGACGAUAAUGAAAAUAUUGAUUCCAAAUUAAAACAUAACGUACAGCAGUAUAUAAAGCUAUUGCCCGUAUCAAAACCAGAAAACCGACUGGAAAACAUAUCAUUAUCUUUCGAAAAUGAGAUCUUGAGCGAAAGUGAAGAUGACCAACAACUCUCACCACCACCACCACCAUCAACACAGGAGAAGAACGAAGAGGAUACUCAUAAUACUGGAAGUCUGGCAUUUAACUCCACCAAUGAACCAACUUUUGCAGAAGUGGAAGAUAUGGACAAUACUUUCCAAAGAAGAGAAUCCAUUGAGUAUUGA